AUGGGGCUGAGCCUUUCUCCUUUGACUGCUAACAGCGCUUCGUCUAUUUUCUUUUCAGACCUCCUCUCCAAAGUUGAAGCCAUGUCUCCAGCAUCCAGAUCUAAAUCCAAAGAUAAAAAGGCCACCAGCAAGGAAACUGCAAAAGUUUCCUCGAAGCCUUUAGGUCCUGCUAACACCAGUGGGUACAAUCCUCUAUCCGGAACAUUCCACACAUUCGACACAGCACCAGUGCCUUCAGUCAGCCCACUCCACAUCAACGGCCGUUUUCGUACCAUUGACGAUUCGGACGACCAAAAUGGGAACUCGUCGGGAACCGGCGCCGAGUACGAUUCUGUUUCCAACAAUGGCAGCUGGUCGGGCGAGUCUGAAGACCACAAGGAAAAAGCCUCUCAGGCCCAAAAUUCACGCCAGGAAUCCAUACCUGGGGCCGACAACGACAAAAGAGAAAAAAUACGCCUGAAGAAUGAGCGUAAACACCAGCGGCAGAAAGAGCGGCGGGCCCAGGAGCUGCACGAGAGGUGCAGUGGCUAUCUCAUGUCACGGAAGCUGGAAGCCCUCGCUCAACAGCUAGUCUCCAUGGGCUUCUCGCAUGAACGGGCCACAAUGGCUCUCAUUCAGAACGAGGGUCGGGUAGAGGAGUCGGUAGCGUGGCUUUUUGAAGUAGCCGAAGACGAGAAACAGUUGGGAAGUGACCUUAGCGGCAGCGGCGGGGGGAAUUUGAAGAUCGACAUUUCGGAAGAGCUCGCGUGGAUUACGGAUAUGGAGAUUAGGUACAAGGCCUCAAAGCAGGAGGUCGAGAGGGCUGUGGUUUCGUGCGAGGGCGACCUACACAAGGCCGAGGAGAUUCUAAAGGCUCAGAAGCAGGAGAGUCCUCCAGCUGCCCAACACAAGACGGAUGAAACUGGGGAUCCUUCUACUGCUGCCACUGGCGGCGGCAGGCUGCAGGUGACGACUAUGGGUCAGAAUAUGAUGAAGGGGCCGCCGCAGGUGAAAGCUACUCCACCCGACACCUCACAGCUGAAGAGGGACGAAAGAGAUUUUAAUUAUACCAAAGUUCCGGGCACUUCUGAUCCUGGCGUGAAAAGUAUGCAGAUGCCGUUGAAGAAAAUACCUCCUAAAUCCGACUGGCUCGGGUCAGUGAGGGAACCAGUCACUGUCAUGCAAAGGCCACAAUCCAUGAACCCAAAGCAAGCUCCGGUUUCGAGCAUGAGCUCCUCUCCCCCUAUUGGCAGCAAUUGGUAUCCCAACACAACCACUAGUGGUAUUGAUACGGUGAAGCCUAAAGUCGUGGCCCCCGCCACUGCCCUCUCUAGAAGCAUUAGUCCGAAUGGUGUUAGUUCAAAUCCACUGUACAACCAAUUCCAGCCCCAGCUGCCGUUUGGGCCUGGGCCCAAUCACAGUAGUGGCCCAAUGGACCUCCACAUGCCCCCUUUGCGGGUGAAUUCUGGCGGCGGGUUGUGGAGUAGUAGGGGAAGUGGAUCACCAUCACUCUCGGCUGCUUCAUCUCUUGGUCUAUUUUCCGGGAUUGGUUCGUCUGGUUCGUCUUCUCCGGUGGACUGGAGCACGGGGAGUUCCAGCCUGCAGCUGGACUAUACAAGCAUAGACUGGAGUCUGGAUUUGGGUACGCUGCCAACGAGGCCCAAUGGGCUUUGGGCUGGCGGGAGCUACCCGGUGCAGGGUAAAGGCCCAGGGUUUGACUCUUUUGCGUAUGGUAUGGGAAUGAAGGCGGCAGCCAUGAGGCCGGUUUUGGCUUCUGGUGGUGGGUUGCCUGAGGGGAUUGCGGGUUCUGGUGAGACGGGCAGCGGGAGUUCUCGGGAGUGGACUUCGCCGUUUGAGGAGAGAGAUAUAUUCAGUUUGCCCAGGCAGUUUGUUUCGUCCCCAUCUCUGUGA